AAAAUACAGUUAAAUGAUUUGAAGCUUUGGAAGUAGCUCUGCUCUCAUUGUUAUUAGAUCUGUUUCAGUGCUUUGAUUUGUCCACCACCACCAGUCCACUCCCCCUUCCCCUCUUUUCCAUUCAUACCCCAAAACAACAAAAAUAAUAUGAUGAAGAAAAAGAAAAGAGACAAGAUAAUAAUACAUGGGAUUCAGAAUUUCUAACAAAUCAAUCAAUCAACAAAGAAAUUCCAUCUAAUUGAUGUAUGUAGAAAGGAUUGGAUUGAGAUGAAUUUAAGUUCUUUUGAAAAGGUUGGAAGCUAAGUACAGCUAAAAGUGGAAAAGGGAAAGUGUUAUGGAAGAGAUGUCGGCGGCAAUGGCAGUGCCAUUCAGGUUAGGUAAUUUAAUAUGUGAUAGCUCAGUGAUAGCAACCCAUGUAGGAAUCACAAGUCUUAAGUUGAUAACGGAUACGGCUAAUUUGAUAUCUGAUACUUCUAGAGCAAAUCAGCUGUUGCUAGAGUCCUUUGAUGGCGGAUACGAGAAUUGCAGUAAUCAAGUUGAUUUAAUGAGUUUGCGAGGACAAGGAGAGGAUAAUAGAGGAAGCGGACAGGAAGAAUCUUUGCUUAAGAUGGUUCCUGAAAGUGAAGGCAAUAUGGUCGUGGCUGAUUCCGUAGUUCAGGAAAGUGAGGAUGAUAAUUUGUCACUUGGUGGCGGUGAUCUGGUACAUGAUAGUUCAUGCUCUCUUUCAGUCACUAGUGAUACAAGUAGCUUAUGUGGGGAUGAGUUUUUGACGCUGGAAUCUGCUUCUGAGUUAAACAGGACAAUUUCUAUGGAGAUUGACAAUUUAGAGGAACCAAGUAGUCAGAGGGAAGCCCAUAGCGAUCUUGUUACAGAAGCCAAAGUUAAAAGACGGGUUGAAGAUGAUUCUAAUUGUAUAGGGUCGACAUCUUCUCUCCAGGUGGGUCAGGAUAGGAGGACUGAUGGUGCAGUUAGCCGAAGUGUGCCUGCAUUGGGUUCUUUACCUCGUUGGGGUUCCAUCUCUAUUUGUGGAAGAAGACCAGAAAUGGAAGAUGCUUUUUCUGUUGUACCUCAAUUUUUCAGUGUUCCCCAAGAGAUGUUAUUCUGUGAUGGUAUGGUCAAUGGAGCAAACCCCAAUUUGAGUCACUCAACUGGUCAUUUUUUUGGAGUUUACGAUGGACAUGGGGGUCCUCAGGUUGCCGAUUACUGCCGUGAUCGUUUUCAUUUAGCUUUAGUAGAGGAACUUGAAACCGUAAAACAAACAUUUUGCAAUGGAGUAGAUAUCAAGACUGAUUGGAAGAUGAAAUGGGAGAAAGCUAUCACCAAUUGCUUUAGGAAAGUCGAUGCUGAGAUUGGGGCUACCCCAAGUAGUGGGGAAGGUAGUUCAGAACCCAUUGCUCCAGAUACUGUUGGUUCUACUGCUGUGGUUGCGAUGGUUUUUUCAUCUCAUAUUAUAGUUUCAAACUGCGGUGAUUCAAGAGCAGUGCUCUGUCGUGGCAAAGAAGCAAUGGCGUUGUCAGAUGAUCACAAACCGAAUAGAGAGGACGAAUAUGCAAGAAUUGAAGCAGCUGGAGGGAAGGUCAUAAAUUGGAAUGGAUCUAGAGUUUUUGGUGUUUUGGCAAUGUCGAGAUCAAUUGGUGAUAAGUAUCUAAAGCCAUCAGUCAUUCCUGAUCCAGAAGUCAUGUUUGUUCCUCGAAAGAAAGAAGACGAGUGUCUUAUUCUAGCAAGUGAUGGGUUAUGGGAUGUCAUGACAAAUGAAGAAGCAUGUGAAGCAGCAAGAAAACGAAUAUUUGCUUGGCACAAGAAGAAUGGGACGAGUGAUUCACCUUGCGAAGAAAGAGGUGAAGGGGGAAUUGAUCUUGCCGCUCAAGCAGCAGCAGAGUAUCUGUCGAAGCUCGCUAUCCAAAAGGGAAGUAAAGACAACAUUACUGUGGUUGUCGUGGACCUGAAACCACAUAGAAGGUACAAGAGUAAAACCUAACUGUAAGUUAACAGAAAAUUUGUAUUGACAGUAAGACACGUGUAGUCGAUUUUCAAACUUACAAUUAUACAAACUUUUGAAAAUUUAGUGUGCUGGUUAUCAUCAUUGUCACUAAUAUAUAGAUAACCGAUUUUUUUUUUCUACAUUACAUUAUAUUUUGUCUGCGCAAUUCACUGUUUCUGUGUAAAUAUGGAAUAGAAUCAGCUUUUUGCGGAA